GGAAACCAGUGUUUUUGAGAAGUGUUUCAAGAUGGCGACCUUCAUGUGGUUACAGAACGUGGGUCUAUUGCGUCAAAUUCGACUUUCUUUGCCGCGAAACUUGCGAUUAUGUCUGAAGAAAAUUAAUUCGACGUCCGACAAGAGUAUAAGCACAACCUGCUGUCGAUGUGGAUUGUCUUCUACCGUGGCAUCUUCAAAUUGCAAAGGUAGACUGAGGACCAACAAUAGGUAUCUUUAUAGUCGGUGUUUUUCUACCAAUUCAAAUGUGUUUCCUAAGGAAACGUGUAGCCCGGAGAAGCUGACCCAAGAUGAACUUGCUUCUCUGCAUGGAAAUAUAUGCAAAGAGUUAAUCACUGAGCGCAGAUCUCUACAAGAAGUAGCCCAGUACUAUUUUGACGGUAAAGGCAAAGCCUUCCGUCCAAUGCUAGUCCUACUCACUGCCGGAGCGUGCAACUCCCACACCCACGGUGCCAACAGACAACUCCUAGACACCCAGCGUCAGAUAGCCAUGAUAGCUGAGAUGAUCCACACAGCUAGCCUGAUGCAUGAUGACGUCAUAGAUAACGCUGACACGAGGAGAAAUAAGACGGCCAUCAAUGAGAAAUGGGGACAGAAAAAGUCUAUCCUAGCUGGUGAUUUUGUCCUGUCGGUAUCCUCUAAGGUUUUAGCAAGGAUUGGCAACGAAGAGGUGGUCUUGAUUCUAUCGCAAGUUAUAGACGACCUUGUGAGGGGGGAGUUUAUGCAGCUGGGGUCCAAGGAGGAUGAAAAUGAGCGUUUUUCUCACUACCUCAAGAAAACCUUCAUGAAGACGGCCAGUUUGAUGGCCCAUAGCUGUCAGGCGGUGGCGGUACUGGGCAAGUGUAGUGACGAGGUGUGCCAGAUAGCCUUUGAGUACGGCCGCAAUGUGGGCAUGGCAUUCCAACUGAUCGACGACGUUUUGGACUUUGUGUCCAGCGACUCCGAAAUGGGAAAACCGACAUCGGCAGACCUGAAGCUAGGGCUCGCUACGGGUCCGGUACUGUUUGCUGCCGAGAAGUUCCCUGAAUUGGACGCUCUGAUUAUGCGACGAUUCAGCGAGCCAGGUGACGUGGAGAGGGCAAGAGAAGCUGUUGCCAAGACGGACGGAAUUGAGCAGACACGGUACAUCGCCAACAAGUACAGCCAGGAAGCCAAGAGGCAGAUCAGCCAGUUGACGCCAAGCCCGGCCAGUCAAGCCCUCACAGAGCUCUCACAACGGGUCAUCACCAGGCUAAAAUAACCCUCCGAGUCUCUAUAUAUUUAUUGUUUAACACUGUGAUGGCAUUAUAUGUAAUUCAUAAAUACCUAAGACAGUUUACG